AUGACGGCUGGCUCAAUAUCAGCUCCCUCUAUUAUUCCAUUGCGUUCUGUUCAAUAUGGACAAACACAAAAAUUUACAAUUAAUACAAAUACGUUAAUUGAAAUCUCAAGUGAAACAAAAGAUGUGGAUAUUUAUUAUACAUUAGAUGGUUCAAAACCAGAUCCAUUUACAACAUUAGCUACACGACGUUCAACUAUACAAUAUAAAAAAGCAUUUUAUAUUCCAAAACAUAUUGCUACAUCAGGAAAAGUAACAAUUAAAGCAAUAGCUGUAUCAAAAGACGGUAUUCGUGAAAGUGUUAUUGUAACAAAAACAUUUGAUGUACAAAUUGUUGAAUCAGUUCAUUCACCAACAGAUGAACAUGAAAAUAGAUUUGUUUAUGAAUUACAACAAGAACGAAAGGAAUUAAUAAAAAAAAUUCAAGAUGAAAAUCAACAAAUGCAACAAAAAUUAUCAGAAUCAAUGCAUCGUUCAACAAAUGAACCAUUUGUACAAGAAAAACCACCUCGUUAUACACAUCCCGAUCCUCAAGCACAAGCAGGUCGUCUUCAAAAAGAAAUUGAUUUUCUUCGAUGUGCUCAUUGUUUUGCACCAAGAACGGGUGAUUUACAUGCACGAUUUUGUAGUGAAUGUGGUCUUCCAUGGCAAAAUCUUACACAAACUCAUCUUCGAUUAAAUCAAUCAGAUGCUCAUUCACUUGGUACAUGUGCUAAUUGUAAAUCAACAGUUCCAUUUAAUUCUGAUAUAUGUGUUGUUUGUGAAACACCACUUUCACCUGAAUAUCAACAUCGUGUUAAUGUUCAAAAUCAGACAAAAAUUUUAUGUCCACAAUGUAAAGCAUCAAAUCCAAUAAAUUUACGUACAUGUAUUAUAUGUGAAAGUAAAUUAAUGCCAAAUACAUCACCUCAAGUUCAAGCAACAGUUUCUGUACCAUUAGCACCUAAACCAACAGGUACAAUGAUGACAUGUUCAAAAUGUUUUCGUUUAAAUAAUGCUGAUGCACGUUUUUGUGAUUGGUGUGGUGCACAACCAGAAAAAUCUUCUAUGCCAAUACAAUGUACAAAAUGUCGUUCAGAAAAUGAUCCAUAUGCAAAAUUUUGUUUAACAUGUGGUUGUAUUAUUGAACCACCAUUACGUGUUAUUGAUGCACGUCUUAGAAAUGAUUUAAAUAUUUCAGCAUCAUCAGUAGUUGCUGGUACUUUAACACGUCCUACAACUGGUACAAAAUGGUUGAAUGCUAAUGCAACAUUUAGUAAUUAUCGUCAACCUUAUUUAAUAACAAAAAGUGAAAUUGCAACACAAACACAUGGAAUUUAUUAUCCAAGUGCAAAAGAAAUUGAUAUUUUAGUUGCACAAAAUAAACAAUUACAAGCUGAUAGAGAAUUUAAAGAACGUCGACCAAUAUUAACAGCUGUUAGUCCUGGAAAAGGAUAUUGGAGACAACAAAUGGAUCACAUUUGUGCACAUUUAAAAGCAUAUGCUGUUAAUCGACCUGAUUUUCGAUCACUAAUUGGUGAACCUCGUAUGAGUAAAAUGAUUCAUGCAACAGUACAUGAAAAUGAAUAUCAAGUAACAAUUCAAGCUGUAUUUCGUAAACCAGAAAAUCUUUCACAAUCAGCUUUUUAUAUUGAUGAAACACAUGGACAAUAUGCAAUGAAUAGUGAACGAAGUUCAACAUUUUCUAGUACAUUUAAUUCCGAUGAUGAAUAUACUAGAGAAAAAACUCAAUUGAAAAAAACUAGAAAACGUCCUAGAAAACGACCACAAUCAGCUAGUGCUACUGGCCAUGAUAGUCAACCAAAUCGUGCCUUACUUAAAUUACUUGAAAGAAAAAUUGGUGAUGAUACUAAAAAAUCAUCAAUUCAUAUUGAUAUAUUACAAGAAGUAAAACAAUUAAUAAAAGAAGGUGCUGAUGGUAAUUUACGUAAUAAAGAAGGUUUUACUGUUCUUCAAUUGGCUGUACGUAAUCGUCAUAAUGAAUGUUUAGAAACACUUAUUAAAGAUGGUAAAGCUAAAUUAGAUCUAAGAGGACCAAAAGGUAAUACAGCUUUACAUGAAUGUUGUUUUUUUGGAUACGAUGGUAUUGAACCAUUAAAAAUUCUUUUAAAAAAUGGUGGUGAAUUAACAUGGAUGAAUGAUAGAAAAGAAAGUGUUAUUGAUGUUGCAACAAAACAAAAUUGUCCAGAAUUAAUGCAAAUUAUUGCAUCACAUUGUGGUCAACAAAUGAUUGAUCGACAAAUGAAAAUCUAUAAUAAUCAUCAUAAUCAUCCUUAUGAUAGUCAUGCACGAACAACAACUGUCGAUGGUCAUCGUUCAUCAUAG